GAGCUUCAAAAAGGUCUACGCAAUAUUGUUCGGUGGAACAAAGUCUUCUUCAUCAUAUCAUAUAUCCAAUUUCUAUAUCUAUUUCUUUCUUUAUUCACUCUCAUUGAUUAUCUAUACCCAUACCCUCUGUAGAAUAUACAAACUCUCACCCAGAAAGCUCAAAGAUUCCCCUUUUUCUUUGGUAAUUUGCAAAGAGAUUUAUACAGAGAGGAAGAAUAUGGAGAGGGGAAGUGAGGCAUCAAGAUUCAAGAGGAUUUGUGUGUUUUGUGGGAGUAGCCAAGGAAAGAAGAGUAGCUAUCAGGAUGCUGCUAUUGAGCUUGGCAAAGAAUUGGUUUCAAGGAACAUUGAUUUGGUGUAUGGAGGAGGAAGCAUAGGCCUCAUGGGUCUGGUUUCUCAAGCUGUUCAUGAUGGUGGCAGGCAUGUUCUUGGAGUCAUUCCCAAGACUCUCAUGCCUCGAGAGUUAACUGGUGAAACUGUGGGAGAAGUGAAGGCUGUUGCAGAUAUGCAUCAAAGGAAAGCAGAGAUGGCUAAGCACUCAGAUGCUUUUAUUGCCUUACCAGGUGGUUAUGGAACACUAGAGGAGCUACUAGAAGUGAUAACUUGGGCUCAGCUCGGCAUUCAUGAUAAACCGGUGGGGCUGCUGAAUGUCGAUGGAUACUAUAAUUCAUUGUUGUCGUUCAUUGACAAAGCUGUGGAGGAGGGAUUCAUCAGCCCGAGUGCUCGUCACAUCAUUAUAUCUGCACCUACCCCCAAGGAGCUGGUCAAGAAAUUGGAGGACUAUGUUCCUUGCCAUGAAGGUGCCGCAUUGAAGUUGAGCUGGGAGACAGAGCAGCUCGGGUACCCUCAAACACAGGAAAUCUCGCGGUGAUGAUGAUAGCGGGGUGUGCAGCAUAGAAGAGAGCCUACUUCUUAGGAUAUUAUGAAAAUAUGAAACCCCAUGAUGCUAACCCCAAGUUCUUAGAUUUUUGCUGUGAAGAAGGGAUUCUUAUUUUGUAUAGUACUCUAGAAAAUGAUCACCUUGUCAAAUCUCCCUUCAAGUCAAAAAAUUUGGCAUUCUGCAACUUGUAACUAGUAAGGUGCAUAUGGAAUUCCUAGCCUGCCUGAUUAAUGUCAAUUUACUAAGUUAUGUUGCACU